AUGACACGUAAGAGCGCUACCCUUGCCAGACGCCGCUCCAAACCGAGCUUGAAAGUUUCUACCGGCCAGAACGGCCAUGCCAACGGCAAGAUGAACAGUAACAUUGAAAUGCGCAAACGCGACACUCCCUCCACCGAAACUUCCACCGAACGGACUGCCAGAGUGAUGGAAAGCUCCAGCUUUUCCCUCGAUAACGAUCCUCCCAUCCCGCCAACCCCGAUCAUGACCACCACAAGCUUCCACAACCUGCCCGCGAGCGAUCGCCGAAAUUUCCUCUUGUUAUGCGUCCUAUACUUCCUGCAGGGCGUCCCCAUGGGCCUGGCCACCGGCUCUGUGCCCUUUCUGCUAAAACCAUACCUCUCCUACGGCCAGAUCGGCGUCUUUUCGCUUGCUUCGUACCCGUACUCGCUCAAAUUAUUCUGGAGUCCCAUUGUGGACGCUGUGUGGAGUCCGCGAUUUGGCCGGCGUAAGAGCUGGAUUACUCCAAUUCAGGUGAUUGCUGGUCUGGCGAUGAUCUACAUGGGCAGACACAUUGGAGCGAUGAUGGAGCAGGCGGGUGCCAAUAACGGUGCCGGCGUCUGGAAUUUCACAUACUGGUGGUUCAUGCUGGUGUUCUUCUGCGCCACUCAGGAUAUUGCAGUGGACGGAUGGGCAAUUUCCUUGAUGUCCCCUCCCAACAUCUCGUAUGCUUCGACAGCGCAGACUGUUGGCUUGACGGCCGGACAUUUCUUGUCCUACACCGUUUUCCUCGCAUUCAACUCCAAGGACUUUGCCAAUCGUUGGUUCCGGGCUCUUCCCACCGAGGAGGGCCUGAUGUCUCUCGGCGGGUAUUUGACUUUCUGGGGUUGGACAUAUCUCAUUGUUACUGUCUGUCUGGCGUUCUUCAAGAAAGAAGAGCGUACUAGGGACCGAGACAGCAUCGCGGAUGUAUACAAGAGCAUGUGGAGCGUUCUAAAGUUGAAGAACAUUCAGACCAUCAUCAUCAUCCACUUGAUCGCCAAGAUUGGCUUCCAGGCCAAUGACGGCGUUACCAGCCUGAAGCUACUUGAGAAGGGCUUUGGCCAAGACAACAUGGCUUUGGUCGUGCUGAUCGAUUUCCCCUUUGAAAUCAUGCUGGGCUACUAUGCCGGCAAGUGGUCGACCCAGUAUGGCGCCAUGCGACUUUGGGGAUGGGCUUUCGUCGGUCGAUUGGCGGCCGCCGUUAUUGCCCAGUUCACCGUGGUGAUUUACCCCAGCGGCCCAGAUGUGCCGGUCUGGUACCUGCUCACCGUGAUAUUUGAGCAUGUGAUCUCGACUUUCAUGAAUACGGUCAUGUUCGUGGCUAUCUCGGCCUUCCACGCUCGCAUUGCAGACCCCGCGAUCGGUGGAACCUACAUGACUCUUCUCGCAACCGUCUCCAACUUGGGAGGAACUUUCCCUCGCUAUUUCAUCCUCAGGCUUGUCGACUUCUUUACCGAGGCGACCUGCAUUCCUCCUGCCACACCUCCAGCCGCCGACUCACUGAAGGGCGCUCUCGUCACCACUUCCUUCUCCUGCGCCCUGGAGCCGGAGAAGAACCGCUGCAUCCAAGGUGGCGGAACCUGCGUGGUGGGCCGUGACGGCUACUACAUCACCAACAUGCUCUGCGUUCUCAUUGGCGUCGUCACAUUCACGAUGUUCAUCAAGCCAGCCGCCACCAAGCUCCAGGCCCUACCUCUACGGGCUUGGCGUCUGACACAGGGUUCACAGCGCCAGUAA